AUGCGAAAAAGUUCACUACAAUCGGAUGUCUCAUUUGAUAAUAGAGAAGAACUCACAGUAUUACGUUCAGAUGACCUACCACUCGACUUAAACUCUGAUAAGGUCGAAAAACAUGAAAUUAAUGAGUCUGAAAACCUUUCCAUCGAAAAUGCUUCUGAGGCACAAGAAAAUAAUGCAACUUUAAUUAAUGAUGAAAUUAUUUGGCUGGAUACCAAAUUUUCAACAAAUACUAAAGCUAUUCUUAGUACAAACGACUCACAACUUUCAAUUUCAAAUGAUAAUUUAGACAAACCGGUUGAAACUGGAAAUUCAAAUAAUGAAUCAGGGGGUACUGAAAAUUUAUUAAAACGAAGGCCAGGUGCUCCAACAAAUUUAAACCUAGUCUUCAAACCAAAAAAUAGUGACAAUGAUCAAAGUUCAACAAUAUCAUCACCGCAUUCUGGUUUAAUAACUGCAACACGGGAUAAUAUAGAAUUACUUAAUUCCGAAUCUUCUCAAAUCAAAUCAGAUAGUCUUGGUAAUGAUUUGAACUCUGAAGAUUCAAAAAAACAAGUACAUUCAUCGUUCACAUCAAUCACUCCUAAACAAAAUCAUUGGAAGGAUGUGAAAAAAUAUGUUGGGAAAACUACAACAGUUCUUGGCGCUUUACCAAAAGGUGAACUUGAUAGAGGAUUGCUCGCUAAAUUAGAAGAACAAAAUUCUUUAUUACCUAAACAGAAUUCUGUUGAAUUUAUUUUAGCUCGUAUUGAACGACAAAAUCAACUUUUGGAUAAUGAUCCAAAAUCAAUAUGCAUUCAAUCCAAUGCUCUCAAAGCUAAUUUCGAGACCAUACAAUCACUCAUAGAUGAUAGUACAAAUCCAGCUAUCGAAGGUGAUGAAAUCCUUCCAAAUGAAAAAAUCACGGAUUGGGAUUUUUGGUCUGCAUUGAUUCAAGAUUACACUUCUGUGGCCACAAAACUUCCAGAACUUCUUACAGCAAAAUUACAAUCUGGUAUACCUCCAAAGUUAAGAGGGUUGGUCUGGCAAUCAAUGUGCCAAGCCUCUUCAACAUAUCUGGAAACAAUGUAUUCUCAAUUAUUAUCCGAAUCUUCACCUUACGAUAAAAUCAUUGAACGUGAUUUGGCACGAACGUUUCCGCAUAUAGAUAUGUUCAAAGAAGAAAAUGGCAAAGGGCAGACUGGUUUAUGGAAUAUAUUAAAGGCGUACAGUUUGUAUGAUCCAUUGGUCGGAUAUUGUCAAGGGCUUGGAUUUUUAGUUGGUCCAAUGUUAAUGAACAUGACUGAAGCACAAGCAUUUUGUGUAUUUGUUCGUAUAAUGGAAACGUAUGAUAUGAGGACUAUGUUUACACUCAACAUGGAAGGACUUCAGCUCCGACUUUAUCAAUUCUCAGCACUUCUCGCACAAAUUCUUCCAAAACUUCAUGAACACUUUCAACACCAUGCUAUACAUCCUGCAAUGUUUGCUUCACAGUGGUUCUUAUCACUUUUUGCUUAUACUUACCCUUUGCCAUUGGUACUUCGUAUUUAUGAUAUAAUAUUUGCUGAAGGUGCACCUGAAACAAUUAUGCGUGUAGCAAUUGCAUUAUUAAAGAAAAAUGAAAAUAAUUUACUUUCGUAUGAAGAAUUUGAAGAUCUUUUAGAUUUUCUCACAUCUAGGUUAUACGAAGCAUACGAUAACAAACCAACCGGACUUAUUAAGGAUGCUAUGGCAUUAAGUUCAGUGAUAACAAAGGCAAAAUUGGAUCAACUUUCUAAGAGUUACGUGAAAGAUUUAGAAGAUCAAAAGAAACGUUCAGAAAAAUUAGUUGCUGUUAGAUUCAAUGGAAGAUUUGCUGCACCCAAAAAGGAAAAGAAAGAAGAAGUUAAGAAACCACAAAAACGUGACAAACCCAAUUAUCGGUGGUCAUUUACUGCACUUCCAAGUUCCAAGCAAUCUGCCGCCGCCUUCCAAUCAGUUACAAAUAUAUCAAAUGAUGUACCAACUACAAGUGUAUCCAAUGAUUUAUCAAUUUCCUCAGAUAAUGAUUCAAUAGUUUCUUCUUCAACGCCUACGACCACUUCAUUUGAUAGCAAUAACACCGGACUUUUACAUACACAAAUUGAAGAUUUAGUGACGGCAUUAUCCCAACUUCAAAAGGAGCAUGCAGACGUUCUUGAACAAUUAGUUUGCAUAAAGAUGGAAAAAAUGGAUUUGGUUACAGAAGUUGAAGGGUUAAGAUCACGGUUAAGAGGUGUUGAAAAAGAGAACAAACGAUUAUCAGCAAAUUCGGUAGUAUUUUCAAUCGAUUCUACAACUUUAAGUGAUAUAUCUCGGUUAGAAGAUUCUGAAUUAACACCUCGUCCAGACAUGCUGACAAAAGCUUCUACAUUCAUACCAAAGUCACAUGCUUUAUCCUCAUCGACUUCUUCAUCGUCAUCAAUCUCUUCCAUUCAAUCAAUAAAUAAUACUAAUUUAAAUACAACACCACCAACACCAAACUCUUCUGAAUUCUAUACAAUUGAUUUGUCAGAUGAACGCCAUGAACAAAAUCCAAACAUUACAGCUCUUGCUGAAGAACUUAUUAAAGUCAAAAUGCAAAAAUUCGAUUUAUUACAAGAGAAUGAGGAAUUACUUAAACGUAAUGAAGACUUAGAAAGUACUUUACAACUAUCUAAACAAGAAUAUAUUUUAUUACAAGAAAAAAAUAUCUCACUAUUAGUAGAAAUUGAACGACUUGAUGAAGAGGCAGCACAAGCAGUAUACGAAAAAAAUUCUAUGGAAUUUGAAGUGAAAGAAGCCAGAGAAAUUAAAAUUCAAAAUGGAAAAUUACUCAAAGAAAUCGAGAAACUAAAAAAAGAAGUGGAACAAAAUGUAUCAAACAAAAAUACGUUACAUGACGCACCUAAACAUAGUACAUUGUUUGAAUUUUUCGUCGAAAAUGUGGAUGACGCAUCAAGAUCAAAAAGAAGGGAUAGUGAGUCACAAUCAAUAUCAUCGAUAUAUUCAUUGCCUCAAAACUUAGCUAUGGAAAACGAAGAAUUUCAGAUUGUCACAACAUGUAAUGGGGAAUGUGAUACUGCAAAGAGAAUUGAUGAAUUGGAGAAAAUGUUAAUAAACGUAAAAAUGAAAUUGGCUCAAAGUGAAGAAGCGAAAGAAUCUCUGGGAAAUCAAUUAGAUGGGUUAAGACAUUUGGUAAAUGGUUAUAACGAUGAUCUUUCUCCAAAAUCACCAACUCUAAGGCCAAAAAAUGAAAAACGGGUAUCAACAUUGUCUCUGGCCUCAUUUUUUGGUGGUACAUAA